AAGUUACUGUGGAGUGGCCUUAAUGCUGUAAAUAACCCUGUUGGCCAAGUCCCAGAGAAGUGCAGAUGAGAAAAGGAUGCAGGAAAUUCUGUUGUUUAUACAUGUGUCUGUAGCAUUGAGAAGCAAGAGGAGCUCAGCAAGCCCAGAGGGAGUGAAGUUAGUUUGUGAAUCAAAACCCAAAUUUAAACUCUGUUCAGAAACUAAUGGAAGAGAUGCAGGUUUUGGGGACCCAAACAAGACAACCUAAUAAAUUAGCUGGGGAUCGCUUACCAGUUGUCCAUCUGUGUAAUUCAAAUCUGCCAUCUCAAAGUUUCUACCCAUGUUCAUCUCAUUACCCAUAUAUGUAUAAAAAUUACAGCAGUGACUGGGAAAUUUUUGAAGCAGUAAGAAUUCAGGAGCUGGAAGAAGUCAAAGCCAGAGCUGCCCAAAUGGAGAAGACCAUGCGUUGGUGGUCAGAUUGUACCGCCAACUGGAGGGAAAAAUGGAGCAAAGUUAGAGCAGAAAGAAAUAAAGCCCGAGAGGAAGCACAACAACUGAGAAUCAAAUUAGACAGUGUUGCAAAAGAACUGAGUAUGCUUAAAAAAAUAAAUCAAGAUUUAGUAAGUGAGAAGGAAAAUGUAGAAAAGGUAUCUACUUGGAAAACAGAAUUCAGUUGCCCAGAAUUAUCUCAUAUUAAAAAAGACCUAAACCAGUUAACAUUUCUGGAACAAGAACCUCUGGAAGUACUGAGCAAAACCAACAGGAUUCCUGGAGCAGAAUACACAAAGAAGGAUGUAGAGUUAAUCAAAGAUGAAGGCAAUCACAGUAAAAAAAUCACUCCAAAGCCUCCUGAUUCCUUUUUCAAUGGAAUUCCCAGCAUCUCUUUGGAGGAACCUGAAAAAAGUUUGGAUAAUUCAGCUAAGACAAUAGAGAAUGAUUUAAUAUAUGUCUUGCGCUUGCAUUUGGCAAAGAUGCAGAAAAUCUUACAGAAGGAAAGAGAAAUGAAUGUUUUUCUGGAAAGAGAAAUGGAAAAGACAGAAAAUGAAUUAUUUCUUUGGAAAUGGAAAUAUGAAGAACUGAGACAAACCAAGCUGGAAAGCCUGAAACAGCUGCAGGAAGAAGCGAACAGGCUGGGCAGGCCCAGGGAAGACAAAGGGGAGACUGAGAGGACCUUCCCAGGGUCUCCAGAGUUGGAAAGACUGCAGUUUGAGAAUACCUCUGAAUGGGGAAAGAGAGAGAGACUUGAAGCAGAAAAGCAAAAUUUGGAAGAAGAGAACAGAAGAAUGAAGUUGCAGAAAUAUCAAUCAAGAAACCUAGCAAGAAACCUUAGAUACCAAAAUGAAUACUGGUUUGUUCAGUUUCUAAUUGAGACAUUUGGGGUGAUUGCUGUAAUGUACUGUCUUCAGCUUGUGUAACUGCCCUGGUUUUGGCUGCGAUAGAGUUAAUUUUCUUCCUAGUAACGGGUAUGGUGCUGUGAUUUGGAUUCAGAGUAAGAAUAAUGUUUGAUAAUGUACCGAUGUUUUAGUUGUUACUAAGCUGUCAAGGACUUUUCAGCUUCUUAUAGUGGCCAGCCAAUGAGAAGGUGGGGAGUACACAAAAAACCGGGAGGGUACACAGCCCAGACAACUGAUUAAACUGGCCAAAGAGAUAUUCCAUACCGUAUGAUGUGAUGCUCAGUAUAUAAACUUGGGGGAAGCUGAAUAAUGUACUGUAUUUUACACUAUUGUAUACCCUGCAUGAGCAAGGUUGUAGACACCUUUAUGAAAGCUGUGUAGAAAGUAUUUUUCUGUCAUUGUAGUCUUUGCAAGAGGUCUUUGUAACUGAGCAGGUGAUUAUUCCAGAGAAACUGCUUUUUUUUUUGCCAAUGUUGUAUAGAUAUUUUGUGGCUAUAAGUAUCUGGAAUUGAAAAUUCCUCGUAUGUUGUACUACUUUAAUUUUGGUAUCACUGUCAAAAUCAGUGUGUUGAUCUCUACCUCAAUACAUCAGGGAGAUAUCUGUUCGCUAAGGAAAGGUGAGUCAGGAGCUGAGCACAAUACCGUAAACCAGGAAGGCUACAGACUUUUCCUAGUCCCACAGUCCCUGAAGAAGAAAAGCAGAGUAGGUCUGGUGGAGGCUUUCUGGAAGACCUUUCUUAAGGUCCUUUCUAAGAGGGGAACAGAGGCAUGCCCUCAAGUAUACUAUCUCUAAAUGACCCCUGAGCCCAGGCAACCAAAUCUCAGGAAGCAGAGAAAGUAGGAUACCCUUAGAGCCCUGACGUUCCUCACUUAGUACCAAAUGACAAUAUGAGCAUUAAGCAUGGCUAAGAGGCUACAAAGCACUAAAACAAGGAGAGGUUCAACCUGGUCUAGUCUAAUUCACCAAAAUAUUAAGUUACUUUUGUCUUCAGAAUGAUUAAGCAUGGUCUGUUUUUUAGAAUUAUUUUGUGAUCGUUGGUUUUCUGAUAAAUUCAUUGAUUAUCAACUUUUAUGUACUGUUGAAGGUCAAUACUGGUGAUUGCUGACCUUCAAAUGGAAACGAUUGUAAUGGGCUCCUGUAUAGCUGAGUGGAAAUACCUUUUAUCAAGUGUAAUGGCCUAGAACUGAUUAAGUUUAAAUUGGUUACUCUACAUUCACACUCUUAUGGUUUUAUGAUGACUAGAUGUAAAGGUAUCUGCAGUUCUCAAUUGUCUCAGACAUUUACAUUUCAUCACAUGACAUACAGAGCCACACACCAUGAUUGAAGAAGCCAUUUUUUCGUGAGAGGUUGCAUUUCCAGAUAACUAAGUGGAAGUCAAUGCUUUUGGCAGUUCUGCAUCCCUGGCUUCAGUGGUAUAAGAUGGAUCAAUUUACAUGAAGAAUAUUGUUGAUAAAAUCUGAAAGGUCGUGGUACUCACACAUACAUAAUAGCCUGCCUUCUGAAAAAUCAAUCUGUAUGCAGGCAUCAGGUGAAGAAAACUAUUGACGCUUCUGUUUGUUUCAGAAACUGAUGAUUGUGUUGAGACUAAACUUUUUAUUUUUUCCCCUUGGCCUUAUUGAGAUUUCUUAAAUCUAAUAAAUUAGGUUUCUUGUUUUUACGUACAAGAAUAGUCUUUAUGAUUUAGAAAAUAUCAACUCCAUAAAUCCAAAGUUUUGAGGAAAAUAUGCUAUGAAGAGAAAGAACCUAAGAAUCCUAUAAUUAAAUAACCUAAGAAAUAGGAAAUCUGAGCUAUUAUCUAGUCUGGGGUAGAUCCUCUUAAGACUAUUUCGUUGCUGCUUUCCACAUGUAAUAGAUCAACACAGGUGCGAUUGAGGUGUUCAGUUCUUAUUCAGCCUGAAGAGUCUAACAGUCAAGCUACUCUGAAGAUCAUGUGUAUGUUAUUUUUCUUCAUCUUUCAUUGUAUAGCUUUUCACAUGAAAGACUUAUGAACAAUAUCCCACUCAAGUCCUUUGGCUUAUCUGAACAUAAACUGGCAAAUUUUUGUCUUUCAUUCUCAUUGUUUCAAAGGCUGUUGGUGCUUAAUUGCCACACUGCCAAGCCUCUUAAAUAAAUAGUUUUAAUCCUACAGAUUUGAAAACAGCAUUAACCUGAAACAUAAUAAAUAAUUUGUGAAAAGGAGCAGCUAGUGUUUGGAAUAAAGGAGUUCGAUUUCCAUUCUCUGUGCUUACUUCAUUCAGCUGGACUCUCUUUUUCCUCCUUUGAACUCUUCAGAAAAUAACUGUUUAGAUUAAUGAUGGUCAUUGCAUUCCAACUUAAAGAUCCUUUUUUUGCUUUUAAAGAUAUACCUUAAAGUUUUGGCAGGAAAACUAGAUUGAAAUAUAAAUUCAUUUGUAGUGGUGAUGGCAGACUUGACUUCCACAUUUUGAUUUUGUUUUUUGUAAAAGAAGAUAAAGUAAUGGUUAAGUUUGAAAACUGGACUUUUAAGGUCAAUAGCUGGACUGCCUGAAGUGUUACUGGCAGAACAGAGGCAGUUGUAUCAUUUUUUUAGCAAUACUUGGGAGAUAAGCUUAGCGUUAUAGUUCAAUUCAUGCAGUCCUUUUUGAUAUUUUAUACUGCAUGAAAAGACUUCAGUGCUUUAUUUCAGUUCUGUUCUGAUGUUGGUGUAUAUAAGUGGAACACUUUUAAAUUUGUUUAUCACAGCAAGAUUUAAUUAGUAGAUUAUUUUUCCAUCUCAUUGAGAUUUUGCAAGCUUGCCUAACUGUCCUGUCUUAGUUGUACUAGUUAUUAGUUAUCUUGGUGUACGAUAGAAUAUGCUGCCAAGGUACCCCAACUUUCAUACUUUAUCUUAAAAUGGCUUCAAAACUUGUAUCAUAUCAACAUACCUAAAUUCACUAUAAUGGCCUCUGAGUGCAGUUACUAAAAUAAAAAAAAAAAAAAAGAAAAAGAAAAAAAAAAGAGGAAAAUAACUUAGUCGGUUAUCCUAACAGCUUCUUCAAGGUGAAGGAAACAGGAAGGUCUUUGCUAACUGGAUCUUAGACUAUCAGCCUUUGUGUGAUAGGGACUGUGCCUCCUCUUUUUAUUUGGAAGAUUUAUGCAUUUGAAAAAUCAGUGUGGUUUUAUAUGAAUGCAAAUAAUUACAGCGUUAUUACAGUCAGCUCUGAUAGAUGAUGACUUGAUCAUAUCAGGUCUUUGAAUAAGGUCUAUCCCACUGGACUUCUAUGGUAGCUGCUGCCUCUGUGCAUCACUAGAAUUGAGUGCUGAACCGUGUUCCAAAAAGUCUGUACAAAUAGAAUUAUUGUUCCCACAGCACACUACUAAAAAAUUACAGUGUUCUGUAGCAAAGGACACAAGAGUAAACAUAUUAUUUAGCACUGUACAGAGCAUAAAAGCAACCUGGACACUUCGUUUUUGAUGGUGAGAUCAUCAGUAGUUCCAUAAUUCCCCUUAUUUGAAAUAUUUAUUAUUUUACGAGUUUUGUGGAUGCUCUGAAACUCUGCUGGAAUUCUCAAUAUUACUCUUUUGUUGAUACACCUCUAGGAUUAGGCUGUAAGAAGGCUGUAUUAUAUAUUUUUCAUAUGCCUCAACAUUUAUGCUGUCUUCAUUUCUCCGAGUUUGUGUGUCAGUAAUAAUCACACUUGUAAAUACAAGUCUUAACAUUGCAUGCUUUAAAUGGCAAGAUGUAGAUAUGUAUAAGUCUCUAUACAUACUGUGUAUUUCUGUUUAUCUGUAUUUUUAUAUAAAACUACGUGGCAUGUAUUAUCACUUUCCUUUAAACUGUAAUUCAUAAGUAUCUCUCUCUUUCCUGGAAGGGAGGUAGUACAGUUUAACAUUUUAAAUAUUGUUGAUAUGGAAAGAAUUUCUCAUUUUCAUUACCCACACGACUGCAGUGAAUCACAGAAUCACAGGAUGAUUAGGGUUGGAAGUGACCUCUGGAGAUCAUCUAGUCCAACCCCCCUGCUAAAGCAGGUACACCCAGAGCAGAUUGCAGAGGAAUCUGUCCAGGCAGGUUUAAAAUGUCUCCAGAGGAGGAGACUCCACAACCUCUCUGGACAGCCUGUUCCAGUGCUCUGGCACCCUCAAAGUAAAGAAGUUUCUCCUCAUAUUCAUCAGCAAACUUGACGAGGGUGCACUCAGUCUCUUCAUCCAGGUCACUGAUGAGCAGGUUGAAAGGGACUGGAACUAAUACUGACCCCUGGGGGAACCCAACUAACUACAGGUCUCCAAACAGACACUACCUUUGAUCACAACCCCUUGAGCUCUGCCAUCCAGCCGGUUCAUGAUCCAUCUCACUGUGCAUUCAUCUAGCCCACACUUCCUGAACUUGCCUAUGAGGAGGCUGUGAGAGAUGGUGCCUUGCUGAAGUUGAGGUAGACAAUAUCGGCUCCUCUUCCCUUGUCUACCCAGCCAGUCAUACCAUCAUAGAAGCCUAUCAGGUUAGUCAAACAUGAUUUCCCUCUGGUGAACCCAUGCUGACUACUCCUGAUGACCUUCUUUUCCUCCACACACUUGGAGAUGACAUCCAGAAUAAGUUGUUCCAUCACUUUUCCAGGGAUGAAGGUGAGGCCAACUGGACUGCAGUUUCCUGGGUUGUCCUUCUUACCCUGUUUGAAGACUGGAGUGACACUGGCUUUCUUCCAGUCCUCAGGCACCUCUCCUGUUCUCCAAGACCUUUCAAAGAUGAUGGACAGCAGUUUAGCAAUAUCUGCCAACUCUCUCAGCCCUCAUGUGUGCAUCCCAUUGGGGCCCACAUAUUUGUGGACAUCCAGUUUGUCUAAAUUAUCUCUAACCUGAUCCUGCUCAACCAAGGGAAAGUCUUUCUUUUACCAGACUUUUCUACCUCUAGGUUCUAGGAUACCUGGGGAUCAGUCUUAGCAGUAAAUACAGAAGCAAAGAAGGCAUUCAGUAACUCUGCCUUCUCUGUAUCAUCCACACCAGGGCACCCUUCUCAUUCAGCAGUGGACCUACAUAUUCUCUAGCAUUCUUUUUGCUGCUGAUGUACUUGAAGAAGCCCUAGUUGUCCUUUACAUCCAUGGCCAGAUUUGCUUCCAAGUGAACCUCGGCCUUCCUCACCACAUUCUUGCAUAGACUAACAGCCUCCUUAUAUUCCUCCCAAGUGGUCUGUCCCUUUUUCCACAUUUCGUGAAAAUUCUUCUUCCACCUGAGUUUUGUCUGGAGUUCCUUACUCAUCCAUGCUGGCCUCUUACAUCCUUUACUUGGUUUCUUCCUCAUAGGAAUGCAUUGGUCCUGGGCUUGGAGGAAAUGAUGUCUGAAUAUUAGCCAGGUCGCUUGGACCCUACUACCUUCUAGAGCCCUAUGCCAUUGGAUUCUUCCAAGCAGGACCUUGAAGAGGUCAAAGUUUGCCUUGCUGAAGUCCAUGGUUUUAGUCCUACUUAUUGUGCUGCUUCAUCCACACAGGAUCCUGUACUCCACCAUUUCAUGGUUACUUCAGCCAAGGCUGCCCCCAACCAUGACAUCUCCAACCAGUUCUUCUUGGUUUGUUAGGAUAAGGUCCAGCAGCAUGCCUCUCCUCGUUGGCUCCUCCACCAUCUGUGUCAAAAAGUUGUCAUCAACAAUCUGUAGGAGCCUCCUGGAUUGUGUGUGCUUAGCUGUGUUGCCCAUCCAGCAGAUGUCAGGGUGAUUGAAAUCUCACAUGAGAACCAGAAAAGGAAAGUAAAGGAAAGGAAAGGCAGACUGGAGUUAAAAAAUAAUAAAUGUGUGCUCUUGAAGAUUACUCUGACAAAUGACAUGGCUUCUGUUUUGCUUGAAAGCAUAUCUCAAAAUUCCUAAACGGAAGGUAUAAAGUCACUAAAUAGCUUUCGUGAUAAUGAGUGAGACAUGGAAAGUACAAAUCUUUAGAAUUUUUUUUAACCUAAAGCAUUUGAUAUGAGUGACAGAGAAAGCAAUUGAUAGAAUAUAGCCCUGUUGCAUAAAGUAGUACAUAUAGUUUGUUUUGAUAAAAAUAUAUAUAUUUGAAUAUAAAAAAUCCUGUUUUGUAGUCAUGGAGAAUUGUAGAAAAAGCCUGAAGCAUCCAAUUCAUGGCAUGUUCCAAAACUCCGGUAUGCUGAUGUGAAUUUACUUUGCUACAGCUUCAAGCAGUAAAUCAGCAUAAUAUUAGAAUCAUUCAUCAAAAAUCCUUGACAGAUGUUGUUUAUGAACUUUGAAUAGUUCAAUCUCCUACCUGGUGCAUAGUUCUUCUAGCACAAAACUUAUUAUAAAUUCUGGUAUUGAGUAUCUGCAAUAAAAUGAGUGCUCUGUGUAUAGACUAGUAAACUGUGGUUUUGGACUAGUGUGAGUAGGCUGAUAAAGUCCAGAUUGGAUGUGCAUGUAGGUUGGAGUAUUUAAUAUCCGUCUUUGAAGUGUGGAAAAAAUUAUCAGACUUUGUAUUUUUCUUAUUCUUAAACAGUGCUGCCAGACUAAGGAAUUUCUCUUGCACUAGGGUGUUUGUUCAGUUUGCUAUGGAGAAAUAUGAUUUGUGUUUUAUAAAAUCAGCUAAAUUGAUAUUUAGAAAUGCCACCUAUGACAUGGUGACAUUUUUUAAUAUUUCUCAAAGUAAAUAUAAGCUUUCACUCUUUUUUUUCUUUUUCUUUUUUUUUAAAUUGCGUGGUCAUAUAGUCUGUUUCUUAUUUGGAGGCUUUAUUAUUUAAAUGAUUUAUUAAAAAAUAAUUGGAUUUGCAAGCAGAUUUACCUUUUUAGAAACAUCUUAUGCAACAGUUGCCUUUACAUUAUCUUUCAUUAUGCCAGAUAAUAAUGAGUAAUAUGAAGUAAUUAAAUAUAAAUAUGCUGUAAACAGUCUCCAGAGAAGGAGAUAAGAUUUGUCAGUAUUAGUUUCUUGAUGCUUUGUGUUAAGGUCAUCAGCAUCUGUGUGCUAUGAUUAUACUUCAUUUCAGAUAAAAGAUUUGUCUGUAUUCCCUACUUAAAAAAUAAGAAACAUAAUUGAACUUAUUCUCUUUCUAAAAUAAAGGUGAACUUUCAGCAUGCCCACUGAACAAGGAUUUGGUAACACCAUAGUUGUUGCUAGUGCUUUGGUUUUAAUGUACUCUAGAGAAUACAGAAAAUGGAGACUACUAGGUUUUUAUAAAUGUAGUUAUUACCUAGCCACUGUGCUUUCUCAAGAAAUAUAGAAUCCAGAGUAGUCUGCUGUCUUACAUGAUCUGAAAUAGCUACAAAUUGUUGAUGCUGAGUGUCAAACUGAAGGCUAUCCAGUGUCCUGCAUAUCUUUAAAAAUCCCAUUUACACAAACAAAAUACACUUUUAUUAUUAAUUCAAUUUUUCUAAAAUUUCAAUUUUUUUACAUCUAUUAAGGUCUUCACUGAAUCAGCACAUUCACAUUUUGGGGCCAGUAGUUACUGUAACAUUGUGUCAAUAACUUUAUCCAGACUUUAAACACAUUUAUAUAUUUUUGCCUGUCAAGAUCACUGAUUUCCACUAUUUAUACAUAAGGUAGAAAGCAUGUCAUUAACAUGGUAGGAAAUAGUUGAGCAAAACUUGAAUCGUUGAUCAAAGAAUUCCCAUUGAGAAGGGGAAAUAUUGACCCUUAUCAUGGGCAAAGAGGAAUUUUUGGUAUGAGAAAUAUGUAUUUGAAGUGAUAGAAAAGUAUAUAUACCAACUAGAAACUUUCAUGAAGUGGUACUAUCUUUCUCCACAUAGCCUUCAGAAAUCAAGAAUGCCAUAAGACUUCCACCUUUAAACUAUUAUACUUUUACUAUGUAUUGCAUUUUCAUACCCUUUUACCCUAUCCUGCUGCCAAACUUAACAUAAUUCCCUUGAUGACACCAGCUGAAGUUGGCAGGAAAAUUAUGAUGCUUUAGAAUAGUCCUCAGGUAAAUUGCUCAAGAGAGCUGCCAAAAGUGCCUCACUGGUUUCUUAGCAUAUGCAUCAGAGGUACCUUCUGGGUGAUCUGAGGGAAGAAUAAUGCUACACACUCUUUUUCAAGAUCAAAAUAGUAAUAUUGUCAAGAAGGCCUUAGAUGUGCUCUGAAAAAUUGCUCAUUGUGAAUUCUUUCCACCACACUGCAUUAACUCAAUGGCUUUUAGGAACAUAUCAAAAUUAUACGGUGUCAGGUAACAUCUCUGUCUUGUUGCUGCAGAGACCUAUUGUUCACAAAAAACAAACAAACAAACAAACAAACAAACAAAAACAAAACCAGAACAAAUCAACAACAAGAACAAAACAACAAAAAAACAAACCAACCAACCAAAAAAAAACCCACACCAACCCAGAACAAACAAACGAACCUGUCUUGCUAGAGGAAGGAAAAAACUCGAAGAGAAAAAAAAAUGUAUUCUCCUCAAAAUACUGAUCCAUUGUUGUUUUUUUUUUUUGGGUUGAUUGGUUGGUUUUGUUUUACUAGUGUAGUGGCAUAGAUACUAGAGAGGAAAUAAUUAAAUGUUAAUUUAUCACAUUCUUUAGUAAAAAAUAACUGUUACUGUUUAAGAUUUGAACUUUGCUACUUUGAGUAAAUCACAGUUUGUUGGUGUUAUUUUUGAGCAUAAUGAUUUUUGAACUAGUCCCUAACUUAUUUCUGUCUCUUUUGGAGUGAUUGAUGUAUGUUAUGGAGUGGUAUUUGUAUCAGAAUAAGGCAAAGAAAGAAAACAGAAAAAAAAAAAGGUGUUCAUAAUGAGGAUGUCUUGAACUUAGGAGGAGCAUAUGAUGGUGGUACUAAUAUUAGAGGCUCAUCCACACUUCAUAUUACGUUAGAAUGCCUCUGGAGGAUGUUGCAUGUAGAGAGGGUCACCAUCCAAAAGCUACUGAUGAUAUUUCGAUAGAAGGCAGGAUACCUCCUUAGCAUAAAAACCUUUGCAUAUUUUUAUGUACAGUAUUGAUCAUCUUGCCUGUACUUUGAACAUUGCAUUUAAAAAACAUAUGAGAUCAAAAGCAUUUUUAAACAAAAUAUGUUCUCAACUUUACUGCAGAAAUUGCAGGCCUUAUUUAGAUAUUCCCGGGAGGCAAGAAUCGCAUGACAGCAGAAGUUAGUUUUCAGGCAAGUCACUCUGUUUUCUUUGAAGUAAAAAAUAACUGCUUCUUUAAGAUGUCUAAUCACACUUUAUAUGUCACAGAACACAAUGGGCAGUUUUAUCUUGAAGGAAUAAAUCUAGUUGUCUGUUAUGUCAGAGUAAUAGACGUGGACAGGAACAGAGUGGUUUCAAUUCCCAAAGCGCUCCAUUUACUCACAACUCCUGGUUGCUAUUUAACCAUCUAUAUACUCAGCACUACAUGGUAUUUAAACAGGAGCUGCUUAAAACUUGAAGUUAUAAGGGGAAAAAGGAACACACUGUACAUGUAGAGCUGAUAACAUUGCAUCUUAACUGUGUAAUCCAAAUAUGCAGUUACUGUCUCAGGUACAAUGGUGCUAACAUUUCCAGGUCAAAAUAUCUGGAUAAUAAAUAAAAGUUUCAGUUGAAUUUGUUGUACCAAAAUUACCCAAGUUUUUCACUCCUUUUCACUGAUGUUUUGUCCAACUUUCUGGUGUCAGUCUAGUAUCUAAGGUCAGUAGUCACCCUCAAGAGGGAUGGGGUGAGAGGAGCAUUACAAAAUGUUGUUUGUGUCCUGAGUUCUUUGCAUGGAUGAGUAUAGAUAGAGUAGGUGGUGAGCAUUUCGUUCUUCUCAGAUUUGAGUCUGUCUUGGGAUUAUUUUUUUAUGUUUUCAAACACCAUCUCUUUAUCUGAUUUUCCUUCAUUGGUUGCAGCCUAAAGUGUGGCUGUCUUUACCCCUUUGCUAUUAGUUUAGGUUCUAUGAUAGCCUUCUCCAACCACACUUAACAUAAAUGUAUAGUGUUUGUUACUCAUCAACCGGAAAUUUGUUAGAACUUUGACAUAAAUAUUCACAGGCAAUAGUCACUUGACUUUAUAUCAAAGCUAAACUCAGUUCUGGUCAAAACAAGUGUUUAAAUGCUGCACUUUCAAGUUAAUAAAAAACCUGAGGCCUUCUACUGGUGAUGGUAAAUCACUACAUGUAGUGGUAUCACCACCACACUCUUGAUAUAAACUUUGGAACAUAUUCCGUGUAGACACCCUUUACUGUGUAGAUUUUUUUUCAUUUGGGUUGAUUUUGUUUGGUUGGUUGGUUUGGUUGCUUUUUUUUGUUUUGUUUGGUUUUCUGCCUUUUUGUUUGUUUACUUUUUUGUACUUGAUGGGAGAAAGGUUUGUUGGAACCUUGACUGCUGAUUUUCUAGCAGGCAGUUGUAGCCAUUCUACAGUGUAAUUUUUGUUGUGUUUAGCUGAAUGUUCCAAAUCCAGUCACGUCAGGUUCAUUAUCAAUAGCUUAAGAGUAUUUGGGAGAGAAAGACUAAUAAAACUUUAAUCUUUGAAAAAAUGAAAGUGAAGUAUUAUUCAAUGGAGAAUGCCAGAGGGAAACUUCUGAGCAUAUACAUACUCCUGUUCUUUAAAAGAUGCAAGUCUUGACAUUCUACAGCCUCACUCAAUGACCAUUUUUCCUUUUUAAUUUUUCAUUUCAGACAAGUGAGGGAAAGUGAUAUCUCUAGUGAUAUUGUGAAACUAAACAGAUUCAGUGGAACAGUCUGCCUUUUUCAUUUUUUACUUUCCCAGCUCCUAACUGAGAGGAAAACAAACAAACAAACAAACAGGCUUGUCUCUUCCCUUGCUCUAAAAUAAUUUAUUCCAGAUUGUAAUGGGUUGCAUGGGUUUAGGAGGGGCAGGUCCUGUCUGACCAACCUGAUCUCCUUUUAUGAUCAGGUGACUCACCUGGUGGAUGAGGGGAAAGCCGUGGACGUGGUCUAUCUGGACUUCAGCAAGGCCUUUGACACUGUCUCCCAUAAUAUACUCUUGCAAAAGCUGGUAGCCCAUGGCUUGGACAAGUGUACUCUACGCUGGGUUAAGAACUGGCUGGAGGGCCGGGCCCAGAGAGUGCUGGUGAAUGGGGCUGCAUCUAGCUGGCGGCCAGUCACUAGUGGUGUUCCCCAGGGGUCGGUAUUGGGUCCAGUCCUGUUUAACAUCUUUAUUGACGAUUUAGAUGAGGGGAUUGAGACCAUCAUCAGCAAAUUUGCUGAUGACACCAAGUUGGGAGGGAGUGUCGACCUGCUGGAAGGCAGGAGGGCUCUGCAGAGGGAUCUGGAUAGACUGGAAAAAUGGGCUGAUUCCAAUGGGAUGAAGUUCAAUAAGGCCAAGUGCCGGGUGCUGCACUUUGGUCACAACAACCCCCUGCAGCGCUACAGGCUGGGCGCAGAGUGGCUGGAGAGCAGUCAGACAGAGAGGGACCUGGGGGUACUAAUUGACAGGAAGCUCAACAUGAGCCAACAGUGUGCCCAGGUGGCCAAGAAGGCCAACGGUAUCCUGUCCUGUAUCAAAAAUAGCGUGGUCAGCAGGACAAGGGAAGUGAUCCUUCCCCUGUACUCUGCAUUGGUGAGGCCACACCUGGAGUAUUGUGUUCAGUUCUGGGCCUCUCAGUUCAGGAAAGACAUUGAAGUGCUGGAGCGGGUCCAGAGAAGAGCAACACGACUGGUGAAGGGUCUUGAACAUAAGAUCUAUGAGGAGAGGCUGAGGGAGCUGGGCUUGUUUAGUCUGGAGAAGAGGAGGCUUAGAGGUGGCCUCAUCACUCUCUAUAACUACCUGAAGGGAAGUUAUAGCCAGGUGGGGAUUGGUCUCUUCUCCCAGGCAGUUAGCAAUAGGACAAGGGGGCAUGGGCUUAAACUCUACCAGGGGAAAUUUAGGCUGGAUAUUAGAAAGAAAUUCUUUACAGAGAGAGUGGUCAGGCAUUGGAAUGGCCUGCCCAGGGAGGUAGUGGACUCGCUGUCCCUGGAGGUUUUUAAACUGAGAUUGGACAUGGCACUUAGUGCCGUGAUCUAGUAAAUGGACUGGAAUUGGACCAAGGGUUGGACUCGAUGAUCUCUGAGGUCUUUUCCAACCCAGUCGAAUCUGUGAUUCUGUGAUUCUAUAAUAGCAUUUACUUGUAUUUAUGCACAUCCUAACAGCUGUUGCUCAAAAUCCUUCUUCCUAAGAAGCAUAGGGAGCUGAAUGAAAAAAUUUGCUACAGUGGUGGAAAUAUCUAUGACUAAAUAGCUUGAGUUUUGUGGGUUCUUUUGAUGGUAGCCUGUUUAAACCCAUACAUAGCUGUUUACACCACAUCUCAGCAGAGUCUCAUCAUGUGACAGCCUAUAAAAUCUGGAAAGUAGUUCAGCUGAUACCUGGAAGAGCUAUUGAUUAGCUUGGGAGUAACAGGAAAGUCUCAUUUGAUCAGAAACAAUUCAUAAGAUCUUUUCAGGACACUACUUGUAAAGGAAUUUGCUAGGAUUGAGGCUGAAGAAAAAAGUCUAAAGGACAUGUUUACCUUGAAAGUUCAAUCUUUAUAGUGCUCAUCUAUAAAUGUGGAAAACAAACAAAAAUGUUUAGCAAGAAAGCCUUGACUAGUAUUUUCAGCUCUGUUCUAAUGUCUUUGAAAGGAUUUAAACCUUUGGACAAUAUUUACUUUUUUUUUUUUUUUAACAGAGAAUUAUCAGAAAAAUCAAGAAAAGAAGGAUGUAAUUUCACUGUGUAUGUAUUAGUAGGUUUAAAAAUCGUCUUUGAAUUGCCUUUUUGAACUGUUUCCUUAGUGGAUGGUUGUAACAAUUGCAAAUUCUUUCCCCAGUUUCUUUUUCUGACUCAUUAAAAUUCAAUACAUUUUUAAUUAAGUAAACUGACAGUUCUUUAUGUCUUCUGAGCAGAGAGGACAGUAAUUCUUUUAUCUUGAAAAUCUAAGCAUUUGAUGCAUUGAACUAAGACAAUGCUGUAACUUAGGUCAUGUUUGACGGAUUCUGCUUGUUCAAACUUCCAGGUAUGGAUCACUAUAUAGCUAUAAAUGUCUGUACUGCAGUCUUAAAAGCUACAUUUGCUGCUUUUAUUUUCUGUUUCUGUGAUUCAGGUGAUUGUAUAUGAAUUUCUGUUGUUUGUUCCUGUCAUUCUCUGACAAUUAUUGACAACAGACCUAAAGAACUGUUAAACAAACAAACCAUAAUGGUUACUUGUGUGAUUUUUAAUAGUAAAAGGGACUCAUAGUUUUUACAAUGUUUGCAUCAGUAAACUUGAUAGCCAUGUAAUGGUGUUGUCAAGGUAUACUUCAUGCCUGGGAAGCAGAAUUUAUUUGGCAUUUUACAUCUAUGGAGACCUGCCCUUAUAUAACAAAAGUCAGAUAUAAAGUCAGGAGAGUCUUAGCUUCAAAUCAAUCCCAAUGUAGACAUAUUUGCUAAAAUACAAGCAAUACAGGCAAUUGCUUUUUGACCCAGUUUAGAGGUUAGUGGUUCUACUCGGAGACAUUGUUCUAAGCAAAGAAGGUUUGUAGAAUCAGUUUCUUAAACUCCUUUUUUGCAAAUUUGUGGAUAGACAGUAAUGCUGAGUAAAUAUUUUUCCUGCUCCCUGAUUUUUCUUAGUUUUUUUUGAUGCAUCUGUUAAUGAUGCUGAAAAUACCCCAGAGAGUUAAAAGAAAUAAUUAUUUGAAGUAAUUAAUGAUAUUUUGAAGAAUUAAGUGCCUUAAGAACAGUAAACUAUAUGAUAAAAUGAGAUUUUUAUUUACUGCAUCUACCAAACUGACAAUCAAUAUAUGGAAGGUUUUGAUGUAUGCUGUAUUUUUUGCCUUUUAUACCUGCCCUGGAGAGUUUUCAAGUGUUGUGGGAGGAAGGCACAUAAAUUACAUCAAUAAAUAGACUAUUUGCAGUGUGGUGGGUUUUUUUUUCACAGUACUCUAAAAAUUCUCUAUUCUUUAUUUGCUCCUGGCCAAGUAUGAAAGCAAUGAUAGUCCUCAAUAGGAGGCAUUAGUGGGAGGUCACAACAAUAUUUACCAUAAAUAUCUGUAUGGCCUCAAUAUGAUAUAAUUUUUCACAUAUAGUUUUGAAAGACAGAAUCACAUUGCAGAGGUGUCUCCAAACUUCUGAAGUUAUGUGAGGUUUAAGAGGAGAGCUCCUAGCUGAACUCUGUAACAGUAUGUCUCCUAUGCCUCCCUCACACAAUGAUUUUAUUGAGGGAAUUGCCCCUUAAAGUGGCUAUGUGUUGAAUAUUAUUCAUUGUCAACUAUUAAUGAAGUGGUUAUUUAGAAAAGAAGCCCUGGAUUAAGCUUUAACAAUGUAUAAAUCCUACUUACACAUCUUUCUGUAAAAGUCAAUGAAUGGCCUAAAGGAUCAACAGAGACUGUUUGCUGUAUCUAAAGGACAUCAUUCAUUCAGCACAAAUUAAUCUUUCAUAAAACCUCAAAUUCUGAUGACUGAAUAUCUUUAUCUCAUAAAACUGACUGCAAAGUUAGGUAGAACUUCCCAAAUUAAUAUCAGAACGCAGAGGGCCUAAGAGAUACACUCCGAAGGUAAAAUAUUCAGUUCAUCACUGUUCAGAAUUUGAUCUUAAUCAGUAAUAAUUAAUAGCCAACAUUAGUUUUUAGAUGAAUAGUGCUAAAUAAUUUGCACUAUUUCCUGUAUAUACAGUAGUUCCAAGAUAUAAUAUCUGAAUAAGGAUUGUAAACAAUACCCACACCAAUAAAGCUUGUCUUUGAGA